AAAAUUUGUUUCACUCUUGUUUUCCAACUACUGCCCUUUGGUCCAACCUCUCUCCUCAUUUAACUUUCUUUAUUAGUCCUUACUCAUUCCAAGUUUUUUCCCUUCAACUUUUUUAAGCUUUCGCACACCCUAAAAUUUGCUCACAUACUAGAUAUAAUGGCACCUUCUAUUUCCCUCUCUAUCUUAUUUCUUCUUUUUCUCCACUUUUCCCUCCAAACCAUCUCAGCCAACUCUGAAGGGAAUGCUCUUCAUACUUUGAGGAGCAGACUUUCUGAUCCCAACAAUGUUCUGCAGAGUUGGGACCCAACACUGGUUAAUCCAUGUACUUGGUUUCAUGUUACAUGUGACGGCAACAACCGUGUCACUCGUUUAGACUUGGGAAAUGCUAGUAUUUCAGGAACUCUGGGCUCAGAGCUUGGUCAUCUACACCAUCUGCAGUAUUUGGAAUUGUAUGGGAAUGAGUUAAGGGGAAAGAUUCCUAAGGAACUUGGAAAAUUGAAAGCACUAAUUAGCAUGGAUUUGUAUGAUAACAAGUUGGAGGGGAAAAUUCCAAAGUCAUUUGGCAAGUUGAAGUCAUUACGAUUCUUGCGUCUAAACAACAACAAGCUGACAGGAUCUAUCCCAAGAGAACUCACUCGUCUCAAGAAUCUCAAAAUCUUUGAUGUUUCAAAUAAUGAUCUUUGUGGAACAAUACCAGUAGAUGGAAACUUUGGAUCCUUUCCAAUAAAAAGUUUUGAAAAUAACAGACUUGGUGGUCCUGAAUUGAAAGGACUUGUUCCGUACGAUUUUGGAUGCUAAAGAAAGAUAGAAUUUGGUUAUGAUGUCACAGCAAUGAGGCAACUUAGUUUACUUGUUUCCAUAUCAAUAUUUCAUCAGCUUGUUUACUUUUAUUGAUUGCAAAAAUAAAUAACUGAGAGGGUAAAUUGUAAUGUGUUUUCCCGUGUUUUAUUAUUAAAUAAAAUGGGUUGUAAGAAUGGUGAAAAAGACAAUCGCAUGUAUGAUGAGUAUAUGUAUUUCGCAAGAUGAGAACUCAGUGAAACAUCAUAAAAUGUCGUUCGUAUACACUUGGUUU